AUGAGCAAAAUUAGUUCUUUGGAAAUUAAAUGCUCUGAAAAUCGAGCUUUCAUACAGCAAUUAGAACAAAAUAUAGAAUCUCUGCAACGUUCCUCCUUAAAAGCUACCGUAGAGUUUCGUAAUAUUCCUGCAAAAAAAGGAAAAGAAUCCACCAGUGAUCUAAUUUCUAUUGUCACUCGUAUCGGCACUGCCCUUAAUUUAGAAAUUAAUCCUUCCGAUGUCCGUGAUGUUUAUCGUCUGCCAAAUAAAUCUGGUUCCAGUGGUAUUAUUGUAGCUGAAUUUACGUCUGUUCUUCUUAAAAAUGAUGUAUUACAAGCUGCUAGAUCCUUCAACUCAAAACGCUCAAUUGAUGAAAAACUAAAUUCCACGCACAUUGGAAUUGAAGGUAAAAAACAACCAAUUUUUGUAUCUGAACACUUCAAUCUUACCACUAGGAAAAUUUUCGCCCAGGCACGUCAGUUUGCAAAGGACAACCAUUAUAAAUACUGUUGGUCUACGAAUGCGCGCAUAUUUCUCCGCAAAGACGAUUCUUCAAAACAAAUACUUAUAAAGACAGAGAAGUGUUUAAAUGAUUUGAUAAAUUAA